CAUUAAUCUGAACUGGAACGGACCUUUAAAAGUCUUUCUGUUGUAGAUUCCCAGGACUUGGUUGGCUGUCAUUGUCCUAUAUUUAACUAAAGAUGGAUUUACUUUAUAUUUUGCAGACUAACUUUAUCCCUAUUAUAUUAGGUUUAGUUACAGUUAUUUUGCUUUGGAAGAAUCAAAGGGGACAAAGCCACUCACGUUUGCCACCGGGUCCAGCUCCGAUUCCUCUGUUCGGUAACUUGUUACAAAUGGAUGUGAAAGCCCCAUACAAGUUGUAUAUGAAGCUCAGUAAGAAGUAUGGGUCAGUCUUUACCGUAUGGCUGGGCUCCACACCUGUAGUAGUGGUCUCUGGAUAUCAGGCUAUCAAGGAAGCUUUUGUCAACCAGGGAGAAGAGUUCAGCGGCAGAGCCAACUACCCUGUCAUCAUGACCAUCUCUCAGGGAUAUGGAGUGUUGGUGAGUAGUGGGAAAAGAUGGAAAGAUCUUCGUAGGAUGUCAUUGAUGACCCUGAAAAACUUUGGGAUGGGGCGCAGGACAAUUGAACAGCGGAUCCAAGAAGAGACUAAGUUUCUGAUUGAAGCCAUUCAUGAAUAUGGAGAUUCAGUUGUCAAUCCCAAGAAAAUGAUUUGCAAUUCUAUUGGCAAUGUGAUCAGUUCCAUAGUGUUUGGACACCGGUUUGAAUAUAACGAUCCAAUGUUUCAACUCAUACAAAAGGCUGUUAAUGACUACUUCAAUGUUCUCAGCAGUCCUAUAGGAGCGAUGUUUAACAUGUUCCCUCGAAUUGUUUGGUGGUUUCCAGGCAAACAUCAUAGAAUGUUUGCCAUCAUAAACCAGGCCAAAGAUUACAUGCGGGCGCAGGCAGAACUUCGUCUUAAGAACCUGGACACCUCUGACCCUCAGGACUUACUCGAAGCGUUCUUAAUUAAAAUGCUUGAGGAGAAAGAUGAUCCCAACACUGAGUUCUGCUAUGACAACAUGGUGAUGACUGCAUGGAACCUGUUUAGUGCUGGAACAGAAACAACAUCUUCCACCUUAAGACAGUCCUUUCUGAUGAUGAUGAAGUACCCUUCUAUUCAAGGGAAAGUUCAGAAGGAGAUAGACGAUGUGAUUGGCUCAAGAGUUCCAACAGUUGACGACAGAGUUAAAAUGCCCUACACGGAUGCAGUCCUCCAUGAGGUCCAGAGAUUCAUGGACCUUGCCCCCACCUCUGUACCCCACAAAGUAAUCAGAGAUACAGAGUUUCACAACUACCUCAUCCCAGAGGGUACCAUGGUCUUGCCUCUGUUCUCCUCUGUUCUGUCUGAUCCUGAACUGUUUAAGAACCCAGAUGAGUUUGACCCAGAGAACUUCCUGGAUGAAAAUGGAUGCUUUAAGAAAAAUGAUGGAUUCCUUCCGUUUGGAUUGGGUAAGAUUACUGGAAGAGGGUGUGUCUGGGAGAGGCUCUGGCCAGAAUGGAGCUGUUUCUCUUCUUCACCUCCCUGCUGCAGCGCUUCACCUUCAGUGGGACCCAACCCCCAGAGGAGAUCAAUGUUGACCCAGAGUGUGCCAGUUUUGGUCGCAUUCCACAGUCCUAUGAAUGCUACAUCAAAGUCAGGACCGUGGAGUGACCACUUUCCUGUCCGGAGCAGUAACUGGCUGGAUAUUACCAAUCUUAUGUUUGGCACCUUGUUUUUGUAAACAAGGGCAGAGGUCGGUUAGCGACUCGUAGUUACAAUACCUUACUAAAAUCUUUAAGAUGAAUCUCUUUUUGGGUUUAUAAUUUAAGGGUAAUGGGUCCACAAUUAUGUCUUUUAAAGUUGUUUUUGUUGUAAGAUUCAUGAAUUGCCUUCAGGGUGGUUGUUUUCCAUAUCUCAAUACACAAUAUACUGUCGGUUAAGCUGCCUUUGAACUGAACUAGAUUUUGAUCUGCUGUAACACAAGAGUUUGAUAAAAUAUUUUCUACUAAAUCAAUACUUGGGCAGGUCAACAGCCAAAACAGAUCAAUAUUUUGUGUGCCCUUUAAUUUCAGAUUCUACUCUGUAAAUCAUCAACAGUGAUUUUUAUCCAAUGACAACUCUUUUAGAGGAAUGACAGUCGCUGACGGCUAAUUCCCUAACAAUGUGAUAUGAACAAAUGUGUAAAGUAUGUAUCACCAAACAUUUGAUUAAACUAUUGAUUAAUUUGCUUUGCAAUAAAAAAUCUGUUUAGAAAAACAUG